AUGGGCGAUGGUGAGGCUGCCCAGGUGCUGCCGGCGCGAGUUUACUCAGUGGCAGCGGCUGUUGCUGCUGCGGUGCAAACCUGGGCCUGGCAUCCGCUUGAUGUACUGAAAACUCGCAUGCAAGUGCUCGAUGGCACUGUUGGCCAGGUGCACGCAUAUGGCUCCCUGGUGCAGGCAACUGCCUCCACAUUCCGGGUGGAAGGAGUGCACGGCUUCUUCCGAGGUGUGACGGCCAACGUCAUUGGGUCCUCGAUUGCCUGGGGCCUGCAGAUGCCAAUCUACAGCAAGCUAAAGCAGUUGGCACAUUCCCAGCUUGGGGAGCGCUCCCUGGCCACGGAUGGGCUUUGCUCGCUGGCAGCUGGUGGCUGCACCAAUCUGGUUGUGCACCCCAUUUUCCUGAUCAAAACUCGUCUCCAGCUGCAAAGGCACAGCUUGGAGGCAGGCCAGCCGCAGCGGCAGUAUCGUGGCGCCAUGCAUGCUGUGUCGACCAUCGGCAAGGAAGAAGGACUUCCAGGCUUUUAUCGAGGCUUUGGUCCUUCUCUCCUUCUCUGCUCGCAUGGUGCGGUCCUUCUGGUCUCCUAUGAUCAAUUCAAGCUGCUGUUUGACUCGGUGCUGGCAGCAUCAGCUUCGGCGAAGAUCUUUGCUUCAGUGGCUACUUACCCACUCCAAGUAGUACGGUCGGUCAUGCAGCAGCGCCCAACUAAUGCAGAGGCUUUCGAGUACACCAGUGCCCCUCGCACAGUACAACUCCUUUGGAUGAGGAAGGGGCUGCCAGCUUUCUAUCGAGGCAUUUUGCCGCAGAUGUUGCGGACUGUUCCUCAAGCGAUGGCCUUCUUCUCGAUCUACGAGUACAGUCUGCAGGCGCUUACGAAGCUGCUUUUGGUCGGCAGCAAGAGUGAGCCCUAG